AUGUUGGCACAAGAAGUAGAGAAUUUGGAGAGAGCCAUCUAUUACAUCAGUAAGAAACUCCUUGCUUAUGAGGAGAAUUAUUCACUAAUAGAAAAAACCUGUUUGGCUGUAGUAUGGGCAACUAAGAAGUUAAGGCACUACUUUCAGACCCAUCGAGUUAUUGUAGUAUCCCGGAUGGAUCCUUUAAAGUACCUAUUUGAAGUACCGACGCUAGUUGGAAAAUUGGCCAAAUGGUUGGUCCUCUUAUGCGAAUUUGAUAUUGUGUAUGAGACUCGAAAAACCAUCAAAGGGCGUGUAGUGGCCGAAUUUCUUUCUGAAAAUCCAGUUAAUGAAGAGGAAGAAGUCGAAACAGCCUUCCCGGAUGAGAGUCUCAAGCUAGUAGAGGUCCAGCCAUGGAAAAUGUACUUUGAUGGGGCCAUGAAUAAGAGCAGAGCCGGUAUAGGGGUAGUUUUGGAAGCACCGAAUGGAGAACAAUUGUUAAUGUCAAAAAGGCUAUGUUUCCCAACCACUAAUAAUAUUGCAGAAUAUGAGGCUUGCAUUUGUGGCCUAGAGGCAUUAAUAGCUGUUGGGGCUAAAAAAGUGGAGGUGUUUGGAGAUUCAAUGCUAGUAGUUUCCCAUAUUAAAGGUGAAUGGGAAUUGAAAGAAGAAAAGUUGAGGCCAUACCUGGAGUAUGCUAAGAAACUAUUAUUUAGCUUUGAGGAAGUGACAAUGAAGCACAUGCCUAGAGCUCAGAACCAGAUGGCUGAUGCUCUAGCCACGCUGUCUGAGCAGAUAAUGGAGGAAGUACAUGCAGGAGUGUGUGGUCCUCACAUGAACGGAAGGGUAUUAGCGGGCAAAAUUUUAAGAUUGGGCUAUUACUGGUCUACCAUGGAUACUGACUGCUCUAAAUUUGUGAAAAGAUGCCAUGAGUGCCAAAUCCAUGGGAAUUUGAAUCACCUACCAUCCGAUGAACUCUCUGAUGAUGACUUCACCAUGGCCAUUCUCAAUAUGGGGCAUAGACAUUAUUGGGAAGAUUUCUCCCACGGCUUCUAA